AUGCUUAUUAUUAUUAUUAUUAUUAUUAUUAUUGUUAUUAUGAAUGAAAUUCAUCCUGAUAUUUGUCCAUGUUCGGAUGAUAUAGAUAUUUGUCUAUGUUGUAUUCCACUUAAUUUACUUUGUUGCUGUUUGCCAUGUUGUCGUCCUCCUCGUGAUCGAGUUGUCUAUGUUCAAGCAGCUCAACCAAUGCAUCCAACUCGAGAUCACAGUUAUAUUAUUCGUGAACCUAUUUCACGUUAA